AUUCAAGCCCACAUCUCACGAGUUUCCGAGUUACCUCUACCUAUUUAGUUAUCAGUUUUUUCACAUAGAAAAGUAAGUACUGAGAUCAGCAUACCCUUUAAAGAUUAAGUUAUCUUCAAGAACUUUUUUUACUAGUCGCUGAUCCCGUUACUCACCUCUCACUACUGAUAAGGAGCAACAGUAUUACAAUAUUGAGUCGUUGCCAUCUCGUUCCAUGUUGGAACUGGUGUACACCAUUUCCACACUUAUUCUUUGCAAAAUUAAUCAAAUUGAAAAGUGUUAAACCGAAUAAUGUACCAAGUAGUCGAGUUUGAGGUAACUGUCGGUGGGGGAGUAGCCCUAGUAAUCGCGUGAGACUGCGGAAAAAGCAAGUGUUCAGGCGACCAUUUAAGGAUAGAGCCGCAUUUUACGAGGCGACACUUUUAACGAGGAGACCAGGAAACUAUAUGCGAUUAAGAGGCUAUUUUAUGAUACAGGUACGUAAGAUCUUUUUUAAAGAACCUCACCACACAAAAAAGGCAUCACCAAAACUGAAGCAGGUUGAGGAAUUUAGUGACAGCCGCGGACGAUAAUGAUGUCAUAUGUCGCUUCUGUCUGAGAGCAACGGAAUUAAAAGACAUCGGCUUUUAAGCGCCCCUCCUACACAUUCCCAGCAAGCCGGCGGUUACUCGACUGUGGAGUACUUGGUACAAUUUAGUUCAGUAACUACAGAUAAUGGUGCUAAGGCUGAAUUGAUUGAAAGCUACGAGGAGAGUAUCCGCAUAAUCUGUGACAACUGGUGCCUGAUUUCCUAUAGACGCUAUAGCUUGAAAGCACAGUAUAAACAUCAAGGUAAAUACUGAAAACUUGGAGAGGCAGAGAUUCCAGGACAAUUAAUUCGAAUUUACGGAGUUUGUAAAACAAACUGUCAAACUAUACCGUCUGAAAACAGGUUUGUAAGAUUUGGAGGGAAUGCUACUUUUACUUGCAAGAUGGACAAAAGAACAUAUUCCAUGGUAACGAAAUACUGACGCUUUUAUCAUGACAUAAUUGAUACUCUGCC